AUCAGCAACCUUUGGCCGGACAAACAGCAACAUUUGCAGUGUUGAACGACCACAAGGACAAACGAUUAAUACUCAGUGUUCAAUGGGUGUUCCUGAAGUCUCUAAACGGUGUGAUGGACUGAGCGUGUGUGAGUUAAGCACGCAAGGACUUGCAGCACGAGAUCCUUGUGAUGGCACCUACAAGUACUACACUACCAACUAUAUUUGCAUCCAAGCAGAAAAAAGUGUAACUUGUCAUGGUGGAUACUCUUACUUGACAUGUGAAAGUGGUACGAUUCAGAUGAAUUCUGCACACUAUGGACGUACAGAUAAAUUCACCUGCUCGGAAGGACGUCCAUCGAGUGAGCUCCAAAACUCCAACUGCUAUUCUCCCAAUGCACUGGCUCCUGUGUCGAAAAGCUGCAAUGGCUUGGCAAGUUGUGAGUUGUUUGCGACACAAACAGUCUUUACUGAUCCCUGCGUUGGCACGUAUAAGUACCUCACAGUCUCCUAUUUUUGCCUCCCAACUGCACUCCGUUCAAGUGUGAUCUGCGAAAAUGCAAAUGCUACUCUGAAAUGUGAGCCAGGGACUGUCAUUAACGUUCACACUGCUAACUAUGGGCGAACUGAUCGCAGCACAUGUUCUAUCAGAAAACCUGCUUCUCAGACUGCCAAAACAGACUGCUACUCCUCAAACUCCCUGGCAAUGGUUACUGAUGAGUGUGAAGGAAUCAAUAGCUGUGACCUAGUAGCCUCCAAUGGUGUCUUCUCAGAUCCAUGUUUCGGCACAUUCAAGUUUCUGUAUGUCUCUUACAGCUGUGUAGAUGACGGGACUAAGGUGAGGGACUUUGCCCGGAAGUUCUCUGCAGUGGCAGUGGGACUGAAGCUUAGUGAGGGGGCUCUGAAGGAUCUACUUAAUUAUGCACUUGAUGACCCCAUACCUUUUGGUAUUAUGAGAAGUUUGCAGAGUUUGACGUUUGGGGAAUUUAUAAUACUCCUUGAACGUCAUGAAGUUCCUCCUGAUUCAGUGGCCUGGGAGAAUCCAUCCUUGGUGGGCCGAGGGGAUCUGACUUCGGUGGUCCAGGAGGAUCCGGCGCCGGUGGUCCCAAGUCCGGGGGUCCCAAGUCCGGGGGUCCCGAAGGAUGCGACUUCGGCGGUCCCAAGUUCGGUGGUCACAAGCUCGGUGGUCUCAAGCCUGGUUGUUCAGGGGGACUUGACUUCGGUGGUCCCAAGUCCGGGGGUCCCUAAGGAGGUGACUUCAGUGGUCUCAGAUCCGGUUGUCCCAGAGCGGUUCCCUUACCCUGCAGCGCCACCAUUGGUGGCCGAGGAACCUAUAAAGACCGUUCGCUCACGUAAACGGAGAAGGAGGAAAGCUUCCAGUCAACCACGAGAUCCGGAGGUUGUUCCGAAGCCUUCAGCCGGGACCUCGAAGCAUCCAGUGGGAACUGCAACCGAGUCACCCAAACGCCUUGCUCUCCCGGCGCCACCCAAGCGCCUCGCCCUGCUGGCGCCACCCAAGCGUCUCGCCCUGCUGGCGCCACCCAAGCGUCUCGCCCUGCUGGCGCCACCCAAGCGUCUCGCCCUGCUGGCGCCACCCAAGCGUCUCGCCCUGCUGGCGCCACCCAGACGUCUCGCCCUGCUGGCGCCACCAAAGAGUCUCGCCCUGCUGGCGCCACCCAGACGUCUUGCCCUGCCAGCGCCGCCCAAGAUCCUUACGUCUGUCGAGCCAGAGACUGUUCGUGUCAGUCACGCCGAGCCGGCGUUUCACGUCAGUCACGCCGUGCCAGAGACUGUCCAUGUCAGCCACGCCGUGCUAGUAAUUGUCCACGCCAGCCACGCCAUGCCAGAGAUUGCCCACGUCAUAUCUGCCCAGCCAGAGCCUGUCCCUGAACCUGCUUUCACCUCUGCAUUUGAGUCCUCGCUCCAUUCUCCGCAACGCACCCGUGACAUGACUUGUGUUUUUUUUUUUUUUACAGUGCUUCUAAACUCCAGGUUGCUGAUAUCUGCCGAGACUGUUGUCACAUGUGAUGGGUUUGUCCAGCGUCUCAGUUGUGCCUCUGGUGUGAUCCAUGUGGAAUCAGCAACCUUUGGCCGGACAAACAGCAACAUUUGCAGUGUUGGACGACCACAAGGACAAACGAUUAAUACUCAGUGUUCAAUGGGUGUUCCUGAAGUCUCUAAACGGUGUGAUGGACUGAGCGUGUGUGAGUUAAGCACGCAAGGACUUGCAGCACGAGAUCCUUGUGAUGGCACCUACAAGUACUACACUACCAACUAUAUUUGCAUCCAAGCAGAAAAAAGUGUAACUUGUCAUGGUGGAUACUCUUACUUGACAUGUGAAAGUGGUACGAUUCAGAUGAAUUCUGCACACUAUGGACGUACAGAUAAAUUCACCUGCUCGGAAGGACGUCCAUCGAGUGAGCUCCAAAACUCCAACUGCUAUUCUCCCAAUGCACUGGCUCCUGUGUCGAAAAGCUGCAAUGGCUUGGCAAGUUGUGAGUUGUUUGCGACACAAACAGUCUUUACUGAUCCCUGCGUUGGCACGUAUAAGUACCUCACAGUCUCCUAUUUUUGCCUCCCAACUGCACUCCGUUCAAGUGUGAUCUGCGAAAAUGCAAAUGCUACUCUGAAAUGUGAGCCAGGGACUGUCAUUAACGUUCACACUGCUAACUAUGGGCGAACUGAUCGCAGCACAUGUUCUAUCAGAAAACCUGCUUCUCAGACUGCCAAAACAGACUGCUACUCCUCAAACUCCCUGGCAAUGGUUACUGAUGAGUGUGAAGGAAUCAAUAGCUGUGACCUAGUAGCCUCCAAUGGUGUCUUCUCAGAUCCAUGUUUCGGCACAUUCAAGUUUCUGUAUGUCUCUUACAGCUGUGUAGAUGACUAA